AUGGCAGGUGAGAAAGGAACAGAAAUUCGAGAUGAUAAAUCAUGGAGUGAAAUAAAGCUAAGUCAUGAAAAUCAACAUCAUACGGCAGUUACACUUUUUGAGCAAACUGUUUAUAUCCUACGCAUCCGACUGGAUUGUUCGUCGCAAUUGAGAACUGAAUUAACUGAAACUGGUUGCAAUCUUGCUCAAGAUGUAAAUGUUUGGAUUGAUCUAAACAAUGAUGGAAAUUUUGAUCAAUCGGAAAUCCGAGCUCCUUAUCGUUGGCCUGUGACUAGUUACAUGGCAGAGGGCAUUUAUGAUAUACAAAUACAUGUACCAGCACUCAAUAGCAGAUAUAUGACAAGUGAAGCACAUCGAAUGCGUAUUUCUAUCACACCAAGUGAUUAUUAUGAAAGACAAUGUGGUCAUUUAGAAUACAGCGAACAACGAGAAUAUAGGGUCACUAUUAUUCCAAGAAUGAAAUAUUCUGCGAUGGAUGCUAUGCCUAAAUCAGAGUUAGCAUAUAACAUGGCAUGUUCUUCUGACGUUGGCAAAAUUAUUCUUGUUGUCAUGGCUGGUGAACAUCGAUCACAAAUUCGAGAUGAUGAAUCAACGAGAGCUGCAUUGAAUGGUAAAAGUCGAAUUUAUCAGCAUCGACCUAUAGUACUGUAUGAAGACACCAUCUAUCUGCUACGCAUUCAACUGGAAUGCACUGAUCCAAAAGGCAUAUCCUCAGUUAUGAAUAACUGUCAGCUUCCUCAUGAUGUCGCUGCAUGGAUUGAUUUAAACAAUGAUGGGAGAUAUGACGAUAUAGAAUAUGCAGCUCCCUAUCGCUGGCCACUCGCUAGUUAUGUACCACAAGGCAUCUAUGAUCUACAAAUAUAUGUACCAAUAAUCGAUGGAUCAAUGACAAAAAGUGGACCACAUCGAUUACGUCUUGAUGUAAUGUUAAAUGAGCAGUAUCGUCAGAAAUGUGGCAAGAAUUACUACCAGGAGACACGAGAGUAUAAUGUUACUAUUGUGCGAGAUAAGCAAUCAGUUAAUAUUGGUGGUCCAUUUUUGACAUUAAGUGAUGCAGUAUGUUCUCAAAUCAGUGGCAAAAUUGUACUUGUUAUAAUGGCUGGUGAGCAAGGAUCACACAUUCGAGAUGACACAUCAAUAAAUACUAUAAUCAAACAGGAUCAAAAUCGACAUCACAUGGCUGUUACCUUAUAUGAAAAUACCAUCUAUCGAAUGCGUAUUCAAUUGGAUUGUGACGAUCGUUCUGCUAAGGGUACAUUUAAAGUCAAUUGCAAUCUUGCUUAUGACGUAAAUGUUCUUAUUGAUUUAAACAACGAUGGAAUAUUUGAUGAAUCAGAAAGUCGCGUUCCUCAUCGAUGGCCAUUGCGUACUACAAUGAAACUAGGCAUUUAUGAUUUGGAAAUUCCUAUACCUAGUAUCGAUGAGCAAGCUAUGAGAGCUGGAUCACAUAUCAUGCGCGUUGUUGUGAACGCAACAGAAUCAUUAACUAAAGUUGAAUAA